GCAGCCGGCGUUUGUUCAAACAUGGCGCUACCCGGGGCAGUACUCGUGCGGCUCGGAGCGUUGUGCAACCUUGGGAAGUCUUUAGAUACUGGGAGUCUAAUUGGACUAAAUUAUAAUCGGGUCCAGUGGUACAAAACAAAAGCCAGGAGGCAUCCAGACACUGCAGCGUCAGCGGCUCAGAAAAGACGGGGUAAUGACCUUCUGAAACAGUACCCUGAACCUAAGAACCUGUUAUUUACCACCAUAUCCCGGGCGCUUGGGUUAUCUGACCUUUCCCAACACAUCCAGUAUCACUGCACAGAAGAUGCUGGAGUCAAGAGAGCCACUGUCACACUCCUCUGGCCCAGCAAGAUGGAGCUGGAAGGCACAGCUACCAGGAAGAUUGAUGCUGAACGAUAUGCUGCAGCUGCUGCCUGUCACAAACUGAGGGAGUUGGGUGUGCUAAGACCAGACAAUCAGGUGGCCAGAGCUGGGCGAGGGCGAGUUGGACCGCUGUCAUCCUUGGAUGACCCAGAGGAGUCUCGCUGGACAGAAGAUGUCCAAGUGUUUAGAGGAGACCUCCAGAAUGAACAGUCGGAACCUCACAGACCGUCAUGGGCAACCGAGGACAGUACUGAGCUGUCCCAGGCUCUCUCCAUGUUCACAAAUCCUAAAGCUCUGCUGAACAGGGUCGUCCAGAUGGCCACUUCCUCCAACAAUUUCAAGGAGCUGGUUCAGUACAAGACGGUCGGCGGUAAGGUGAAGCACUGUGAGCUGACCAUGCGCUGGCCGGAAGACCUGACGUUUGUGGCCGCUAGUCAUCGCAGAAUGGGCGCCGAGAGGAAAGCGGCUGCACUGGCCUGUCUCAAACUGAAGGAAAUGAAGCUGCUCGAUGAGAACAACCAGCCUCUGACACAUGUAAAGUACCACAAGGAGGAGAUGCGUGAGGCAGGAGAGAGAGACAGAAAGCCCUAUCCCCUGGAGAUACCGGAGUACCUGGAGCAGGACGUCAGAGAAUACCUCACACAGUACCCAGUGGCCAAAGAGAUGCAGAAACUGUGGGAGGAAGAGGAGGAGAUAAGCCAACAGAGAUUAAACCAACAGGACAAAGAGGAGGAAGAGGACCUCAUCACAGAUGCCAUUACAGGCAAGCUGUACCGGCCCCUCUCUACCCAGCAGGCUGAGCAGCUGAGCGCUGACAUACGGGAAGAGUGGGAGAGGGCGGGGCCUGGCCUGGGAGUGGAACUCCCAGUCGACGCCCAUCAGGAACGUGUGCUGUCGGCGGUGGAGUCUUCCCAGGUCGUCGUGAUCGCCGGGGAGACUGGGUGCGGAAAGACGACGCGUAUCCCUCGCUUCCUGUUGGAGGGGCGGGUGAGGGGCGGGCAAGGGGCGGAGUGUAACAUUCUGGUGACCCAGCCUCGGAGGAUCAGUGCCGUGUCGGUGGCCCACCGUGUUGCUAACGAGAUGGGCCCCUCCCUCAGACACUCUGUAGGAUAUCAGGUGCGUCUGGAGAGCCGUCCACCGGAGCACAGUGGGGGGGCCCUGCUCUUCCUGACAGUGGGGGUGUUGUUGAGGAAGCUUCAGAGCAAUGCCUCCCUGAGGGGUAUCAGCCAUGUGGUGGUGGACGAGGUCCACGAGAGGGACGUCAACACAGACCUGCUGCUGGCCCUGCUGAAACCUGCCAUCCGGGACAACCCCCACCUCCGUGUGGUGCUGAUGAGCGCCACAGGGGACAACCAGAGGCUUGCCCAGUACUUUGGGGGCUGCCCUGUGGUCAGCGUGCCUGGGUUCAUGCACCCGGUCAGGGACCUGUACCUGGAGGAUGUUCUGGCGGAGAUGGGGAGACCUCCUCCACCUCCAAACAGGACGGACUUCAAGGGACGGGAGGGGAAUGAAGCCACACCAGACCUGGACUUAGUAGCCAAUGUGAUAGAGCACAUUCACAGACAUGGAGACCCAGGUGCCGUGCUGUGUUUCCUCCCAGGCUGGCAGGACAUUAAGGCCGUGCAGCAGAGAUUAGAGCAGAAACCAUCCUUCCUCUCAGGCUCUCCAAUGAUCCUGCCACUACAUUCUAGUAUGUCAGUGAGCGACCAGCAGACUGUGUUUCAGCGCCCCCCUGUGGGCCGUAGGAAGAUUGUCCUAGCUACCAACAUUGCUGAGACCUCCAUCACUAUUGAUGACAUUGUUCAUGUAGUGGAUGCGGGUUCUCAGAAGGAGCAGCACUAUGAUGCACGUACCAAGGUUUCCUGCCUAGACACCGUCUGGAUCUCCCGCUCCAACGUCACGCAGCGCCGGGGUAGGGCGGGCCGAUGUCAGCCCGGACAUGCCUAUCACCUGUUCCCACGGAAACAGCUGGAAUCCAUGAACACCUUCCCUGUGCCUGAGAUUUUACGCACCCCUCUUGAGAGCCUGGUGGUGCAGGCCAAGAUCCACAGCCCUAAGUUAAAGGCAGUGGAUUUCCUGUCCCAGGUCUUGGACAGCCCGGAGCGUGAGGCUGUGACAGACGCGGUCCGCAACCUACAAGAGAUUGGCGUUCUGGACAAAACUGAGGCCCUGACCCCAUUGGGGGAGAGGGUAGCCGUCCUCUCCUGUGAUCCGCGCCUGGGGAAGGUUCUGGUGCUGGCUGCUAUGUUCCGCUGUGUCUUACCUCUGCUGUCAGUCACUGCCUGUCUGACCAGAGAUCCCUUCCACAACAGCAUGCAGAACAGAGCCCUGGUCACCAAGGCUAAGGAGGCCCUUGGAGGCUCCAGCUACAGUGAUUACCUGGUGUUCAGUAGAGCUGUUCUGGGCUGGAGGAGCCUUCAGCACGAGAGGGACCGAGAGACCAUCCAGAACUACACAGAAAGAUACUCACUCUCUCGAAUGGGCCUGCGCUUCAUUAACGGCCUAAUCGCCCAGUUCAGUGAGAAUCUCCUUGAGGCUGGAUUGGUGGUGCGUUCAGCCGACUGCCAGAGAGCCUCCUCCCUCUACAACCAACACAGCCACCAAGAUGAGCUGGUGAAGGCUGUGCUGCUGGCCGGACUCUACCCCAACCUCAUACAGGUGAGAAGAGGAGCAGUGACCAAAGGACGCUUCCGUCCUAACAGCCUGUGCUUCCGCACACAGAGUGGUCCAGUGCUCAUACACCGCUCAUCCAUCAAUAGGGGAAAGGAGCAGUUCCCCAGUCGCUGGCUGACCUUCUUCAGUGCCAUCAAGUCCAGUGGUAACGUGUUUAUCCGAGACUCGUCAGCAGUCCACCCCCUCGCUCUGCUGCUGUUCACAGACUGUGACAUCACCGAGAGAGUGAAAGGUGACCGUGUGGAGGUGGCGUUCCCAGGGAGGUCUCUGGUGCGCUGUGAGCUGUCUGUCCAGACCUGGGAGCUCCUGUGGGAGCUACGGUCCUCCAUUCAGACGAUGUUGUACCGCAACCUGCGACCUCACGGCUCAGCCAAUCACAUUGCACAGGACAGCAAGCUCAUCUGCCUGUUGGUGGAACUGCUGAACAACACGGAGUCUAAUGCAGACCCCCAGACAAACAGUGACCAGAGUGAUUCUGAGGUAGACUGAUGUGGCACUGGAAUACUGGGAUGUCAAAGCACUUCACUGUAAUUCUUUAUAUUUGGAAAAACUCUGGUUCUAGUUGGUGGUUAAAGGACUUAACUGUGUCAUGGUUAUUGCCAUUAAAGGCUUCCACCAUUUAAAGUAGUUAAGUUGUUCUUCCAAAUCAAUUGUCCGAUCCUGCUGAGUUCCGGCUGGUCAUGUGAACUCCUGUCGGGUCAUUAGUAAGGAUCAGCCAAUUAAUAAUACUAAAAUUCCACAUGUGGAAAUAUUGUUAAUUUAAGCCGGAAUUGCAAUUCAAGGAGUUUGGGAAAAUUCGGCAUGCUCAGAAAGUUCAGCGCUUGAACUUCUAUUUAAUCUAGGUGUGGACUCUUGCUUAAUGGAUCUGUGCCACUGUGAAUACUGCUGGUUGUAUCUCUGCAUGAUAAUAGUUAGUCAGAAUUCCACUCUAAUUAACUCUUAAAAGCAGAAGUUGAAUGGAAGCUGAACUUUAUCUAGUGAAGUCAGCUUUACGGAUGAACUGUCAAUAUGCCUUGUCAUAGAUCUUCAGUGACAAAAGAAUGAAUGCAUAAAAUUGUUGACAUAUAUUUAUUGUUAAUAAUAAUGGUUUAAAUAUGGUAUGUCUGACGAUAUAAAUGUUAUAAACAAGGUUACUUGUUG